AUGCCACGAGAAAGUAGAAGAAGCAAGGCAACUGCGAAGAAAAGUGAAGAAGCUAGAGAGGAAUCAAGCUCACCAACAACGAAGAGGAAAAAAGUGGAAAUUCCUAAAGAUGACAGCUUUGAAACGUCGAGACCGAGCAGUACAGCAGCCGAUCCUACUGUUACUUCUGACGGAGAAGACGAUGGUUCAGACAGCAGCGAAAGCAGUGAAGACGAAGCACCGGUGAGUAUUAUUUUUUCCCAAUAACUCGACAAAGGUUUAUUUUUAAAUCAAUACAAAAUACAAAAUAUAUUUUGGAAUUUUUUUUCACUGAUUUUAAAACUCCGUUUACGAAAUAGGUUCCACUGAUGGUUACUCAAAGAAAUAAAAGAUCGACUGCGGGAAACAAGAUGGCCUCUUUGCUCUCAACGGCCGAUCACGAGGACGAGUUUUAUAAAACAGCCUAUGGAGGAUUCGAAGAGGUUCCAUCUUUUUUUUUAUUUUAAAGUUCUUUAUUUUUUCAGAAUAAUGAAAUAGAUAAGGAAUACGAGUCACCUCCAAGUUCGGAUGAAGACGAGGUCGAUUCUGACUUUGACAAGCCAGAGGACGAAGAAGAACCUUCUGCUGCAGGCGACGGAGAGGAGGAGCGACCGAGAAAGAAGAGGAAGAUUUUCAAGGUAUUAUUCACCCCUGACGAAGUUUUUGAUUUCAUAAGAUUUGUGUUUUUUUAAUGACGAAAAGUGAUUUUUUUUAAAAUGGAAAUUCGUGAUUUAUUCCAAAAUUUUUGAAUUCCAAAGUUAUCUCUUAGUAGUUGAAUGUGCGGAAAUGGAGCUAAGUUUCGUUUUUUUUUUCUCAGAACCACAUUAAAUAAAAGAAGCGUUUUGUGGAAAAAAAUAACUUCAAAAAAAAAGAAUAAAAUGAGUUGAAGAACUUUACGAAAAAAAAAAAAAAGUUAUUCUUCAAUGAGCAUUGAGAAAAGUGUGAGAUUACAGGAGCCGAAGCGGGGGCUGACGGCCGACGACGUUUUGGCAAAGAACAAAAAAUGGGCGAUGGCGCGGUUGGCGGGGAACAUGGUGGCGCCGAACACGGUCGACGAGAAAACUCAGGAGAAAAUGCUCAAAGAGGCUGAGCAGACCGAAAAAAUCAACGUCGAAUCUCUUCGCAGGUGCUCUUUUUUAAACCUUAAAUCCAGUAACCGGGAUUGAAACGUAAUUGAACGCCAAAAACUGGAUUGAAACCUUUUUGUUAGAAGUUUUCAUCUUGCCUUAUUUUUCUUUCCAGAUUUUCUAAAGAUAGAAACGCUUCAAGUUACAUAUAAGUGAAAUAAUUUAAUAAUUGAUGAUGAAAGAAUGCAUUGUGAAGGCUGUAUGACAACUUCUCUAUAAGUCUUCACGAACCCUCUGUUUUUGAAAGAUUCCACUGUACUGCCCCUGUUAUGCCUCAUUUUUCAAACAUUGUUAAAAAUACUUUGGAAAUCUUUUUUUUCAGAUACGAAGAGUUUGAGUUAGAAAAGAAGAAACGACGGGAAAAAGGUGGGACUCGAAUAUUGCCACAUCCUCGAAUCAUCGAGAAAAUAACGCAAGAAGGCACGACGUUAACCAUUCCCGAGAUUAAGGUUUUUUUUUUCUCACUUGUACUUAGCUCGAAAAUUCGGCAGUAAUUUACACUAAAAGAAACGGAUUGAAGUCAAUUGUUCCGUCAAGUUUCCCAAAAUCAUUUUUGUGGAAAAUUUCACUCUAUAUUUUUGUGUUACUUCCAAUGGUCAUCAUUGUCAUGCAGUUUUUUUCUCUCCUUUUAAACUUUCUAUCUCUUUUUUGUUGCAUGGCGAGUUAACUGAUUUUUCGAGACGUUUUUUUUUUCUCGAAUUAGGAUGUUUCCUGUAUUUCUCGUCAUUAGAACUCAUGUUCACAAUAACACCUAUGUUCUAUACAAGUACAAACAAUUAUUUUUCGAGGAAAAUAGUAAUAGAUGUUUUUGGGUUAGACAAUUUUUGCCUUAUGUAAAAAAAUUUAUUCGCCGAGGAAGAAUAUUUUUCAGUUUUGAAAAUGCUCUUGAAAAAUACCUAUCAUCUUUUUUUCGAAAUUCAACCUCUAUAAAGGUAUGAUAAGUCUCUUUCGUUUUUUUGAAAAAAAUAUCGUCAAAAAGUGAUUUUCACUCUGCUAAGGGAUGUCUUAAGAGACUUUAUUGGUCAAAAAUUUUUUCAGUAUUCUUUGUGGUAGAAAAAAAAUCUAUAGAUUUAGUCACACAUUUUUUUCUGUGUUGAUAAUGAGCACAAAAAAAAAAAAUAUAUAUUUGAUUAUUUUUUGAAAAAAAACUUUGCAGUUUUUUUCUUGAAAUUUAAGGGCGAAAAGGCCGGCACAUUUUUUUUUUAUCCGGCCACUUUGGUUUUUGCGAUGUCUAGCAGUAGAUAGUACUUGCUAGACACCAUUUCCGUCUGUAAAAUUUCUUGAAUCUUUUGAAUUGCCGUUUACAGUUCUUGGAGGCCCGAAAGGGAAUAGACAUAUUUAGCAACUGGAGCCUUAACUCUUACCUGGAAUUCCCUUUAUAAGAGCUUCUCAUAGCCUAAGUUGCAAUUAGUUUUCUGAGUUUUCUUGCUUACGAUCUUAUAUAAAUUCAUACUCAAGGAUAUUUUUAGAGAAUUAAAGUAUGUUUGGCAAAACUUUCUCUUUCCUCAGUUUUUCCCCCGUCCCUUAUCUUCUCAUUUUUUCGAUGAGUCACGGACCAUUUGAUAAAUUGAAGCGGCUCGGCGGCCUUUUGUCCGCUAGACGAACGUUUUCUGCUUUUCUAAAUAUCAAGCCCAUCACCUUCUGAUAUUUCAAACGUUUUUUUGUGUUUCCGCGCUCGGCGGACGAUGUAUCAUGAGAUGAGCGCUCAAAAAAGGCUCACGAUUUCACAAAAAAAGAGUCCAAGGCGAAAAACUCUCAGAAGAAAUUAUAUCUUGAAGAAAUGAAAGGAAAGUUAAAAAAUUGUCAGCUCUGCAUUUUUUUAAUAAAUAAAUGAUUUUACUUAACGGAUUUUAAAGUAUUUUUUCUUCGAAUUAUUUUUAAUGCUUCACUAUUUUUCAAAAAAAUUUUUUUCCAUACACUUCCCCCAUAGAGAGACGUUUCCACUUGAAUUUUGAACGGUGAGACGAAAAUACAAAAAAAAAUACGGUUUUUUUGGGAUAAAUACACACAUUUUGAAAAUUAUAAAGCAUGAGAAAUUCCAAGAAAAUGAUUUAAAUUUUUUUGACAUAUGUACUUUUUUUCAGAUUUAUUAUAGGGAGCAAUAUAUACCUAGUAAUUGGGUCUGAAGAGUUUUUUGUUGUUACCAACAAUAAUUUCUGCAGGAAAAGUUUUUCUGUGUUCUAUCACAUUAUUUCCUCUGCUAUAUUCAGAAAAUACUCGUGAGAAUAACCUUUACUUGAGUUUUUGCUCCCAGAAACAACAAAAAAUCAUUUUUUGUUUACUUUUUCUAUUGACAUAAGGAAAAUUUGCGCGUAAAACUGACACGCAGUCGCUUCCUGUGUGCUCUUCAGGCGGUUAGUUUUUUUCAAAUUUCAAAUAUCGUUUUUUACCUAAGCUAUAAGGUAGUUUAUAACGGACAUUUCAUACCUCAAAACUGUUUUCAUUGAGGUUUUUGGCAUUUAUAGGUAACCUUUCUUAAAAUUUUCUUCAAGUGCUUUUUUUUUUGAAAAACUCAAAAGUCGCCCAGUUUUCUUUUCCCCUCAUAGUUUUUAUAAGACUCUUUUAGCGUCUGGAUAAUAAAAAUUUUCUCCUGAAUCGUUGCAAAAAAAUACAUUUUCUAAUUUUCUAAUUGAAAAUACCAAUAUUUUUGAAGAUUACUCAUGAAUUACUUGAGAUUUAGAAGAAUGGAGUUGGAAAACGAGAAAAUAGUAAUGAAAAGGAGGAAGAUUCAGACCUUCCCAAACGUUUGGCGUUUGAAUCAGAAAUUAAGUCGUAGCCAAAAAGAAUUAGCAAGGAAAAUGUGUGCAGCGAUUGAAGUAUUCCUUAAUUAUCAAUGCUUGAAUUCCUCGAAAAGAGACGGCCUUUUUCUUGCAACUUGUUAAUCAAUUAGAUCUCGGGAUUUUUGUUUUUCAGUUCCCAGAGUUAAUUCUUCGUAGGCUAUUAGUUGGAAUCUGAAAAGUCAUACCAAUUAGUCUGUUUCUGCAAUUUAUUAUGACGAGAUAAUUGAAAAGAAAAAAAAUGAGAGAAUUUAAUAUCCACUGUGAGAUUACUGUAAAAUUUAAUGGCAACAUACACCCACCUCCUCUUUUUCCUGCGAUUUUGGGCCCGCCUCUUCCAUUUUCACAACUUUGUCUUUUUUCUAUGUUCUCUUCAGCUAAAAAUCUUGACCGACUUGCUGGUUUUCAUGCCUCGACCAGUUCUGGGAGAUUUUGCUAAUGUUAUUCGCCAUAUUUCAAAAAUUAUUUUUCAUGGUCAUUUUUUUUUUCUAAUCAAUAAUGUAAAUUUGUGAAGGAUGAGAAAAGUUUUUUAUACUUGAAAUGGUUUAUAAAUAAGAAAAAGUGUGAAACUGAGUUGAUUACAAUAAUUCCAUUGAAGUCCAAAGUUGACAUUUCAAGUUUCUUACAGCGCCUGGAACAUUUUUUUCGAAAACCGUCUGCUUUCUGUAGCGAUGAAAGUUUUUUAUAGCCUUUCUGAGUUUCUCGCGAAAAGUCUCAAAAGGUUUUUGAUGCUUAUAAUUUUCUUUACUUGCACCGUCCUUUUAGAAGCGUUUAGAGGUUCCUAGUUUGAUUUAAGUUUUUUAAAGUUUCCUUUCUUUUUCAUUGAAUAAUGACAGAAUUGAAUAAGCGCAAUGGUAGGAUUGAAAUCAUUCGUUCCUGCAGCCACGAGUUGAACAGUUUUCGGCUCCUUUUUAUCGAUCAAAACGAAGCGAAUGCUAUGAAACGGCAAUACGUGCUUGGACCUGUAAGAAUGCGGGGGUGAGAAGACAAUAUCGCCGCGUUUCUUUCACACACACACUCGUAAUGUUUUUGUGCCGGCCUCUCCUUGUAGCUCUUUCCUAUUUUUUUCUCAGCUUUUGUACAUUGAAAUCAUACUUUUUUCAAAGUUCUUUCUUCACCUUUUUUCAUCAUUCUUAUUCCUGCUGCCAGCUUGUUACGUCAUACUGUCGCAUAAAAUCGCACACUUAUGUUUUACGGUUCCUAAAAACGACGGCGGCUUGUAUAGCUUUCUAUUCAUAGAAUUUGAUGUUAGUAUCAUGAAAAGUUAAAAAUAACUAUUGAUAAAACUUCGGAAAAAGUUGAGUCGAAUUUUCUCAGAAAUCAAAUAGAGUAGGCGUCUGUUAAAAAUCAUAUGAAAAUCGUGAGUUUUUUCAGUUUUUCAAUUUGAAAGAUUAUCACAUAACUCGUGAUUAACGUGAGAGCUGAGUUCAUCAAAAUUAGGAAAACAAACUCUAGUUUUCAGUUUUUUAGUUUUUUCUUAUUUUGAGUGCAAACGAAACAUUAUUGAAUUCUGAUGACCUUUCUCAGUAUCAUCCUGGUAUUUUUUUUUUGCCUCAAAAGUACUUUGACCUUAGUGGGCUCAAAGCUCUUUAGAAUGUUGCCGGUAGAACAUUUUGGAUCAUUUUCCAGGUUUUCCGCCGAGAAAAGCCUCGCGAAAAGCUUUUGUGUGCAGUGACCGGACGACCGGCGCGCUACAAAGACCCCGUGACGCAGCUGCCGUACUCGACGCCGUACGCGUUCAAAGUGAUCCGCGACAAGUACCACAAGUUCCUGAAGACGACGCAAAUGGAAAAGCCGGCAGUGGCCGAUUACCUGCGACGUUGGGAGAGGCUGCCUCCGCCGGCGCCGCCCUCGCCGCAUCCGACGACGGAGACCGACGUCGCGAUGCCUACCUCCUGCAUGGAGAUGGACCAUCGCGAGGCUGCGGCGCCGCCCCCGGCCGAGCCUUCAGCCCCUGCUUCUACCGCCGUUGUUUGA